AUGUCGGUAAAAGACCUGUCACCGGCGCAAUGCAUCCUGCUCGCCGUCCACUAUGCCUCGUCUGCCAAUAUCAAGGCACUCCACUCCUUCACGCCCACGCGCCUUGAUGCGCUAGAUCCGGAGCUUGUGCUGCGCAUUCUCCUCACGUAUCUACCGGAGAGUGUUGACCCCAACGAAUACAUCAAGUAUGCCGAAGAAGUGGCGAGCAGGUUGUACCUGGACUACGACCGCGAAGAUAUCGUGGUCGAUACUACCCCGGUGAAGGAACUCUCAGAGCAACAGGCGCAGAAACAAGUCAAGAAGCUACAUCUCCUGGAGGUACGCCCGCCCAAGUUCCCACCACAUGCGCCGACCGAUCUCUUCACGCGCUUUCUGUGCCAUCGAGCGUGCCGUAUUGACCGGGAAACGGGUCUGCUGGAUCUGAUACCUCGCCUCGUAGAGCCGUUCCUAGACCGCAAUGACUUCCUCAGGAUGUGGUACGUCAGUGUGGUAUUGCCCAUGCUCAGACUCGAGCUUGAAUACUAUCCGAACGACAAAGAUGCGCAGGGCCUGGGUUUGGUCGAGUUUGAGGCAUUGGAGGGCCGAGAAGGCAUCGAUUAUCUGCUCGUCAAGGCAGAGAAGCAUGACGUUGAAAGCACGCACAAGGACUCGGUACUUGCACGCGACGUGAAAGGACUUGUCGGGCCUUGGAUGUAUGGGCACACCGAGCGAAAGCGUCGGAAGCUUGACCACGACCACGCUCGCGUGAGCAAGAUAUCGCUAUCCGGCGUCACAGAGGAUGACAAGACCGGUCAUGACUGGGAAUACAUGUAUCAGUGGCUAGUCUCACAUGCACAAUCCCACUUCUCAAUGGUCACACGUUGUGUCGAGGAUUGGGACGGACCGGGCGACGUGGAUCUGGGCGGUCUCGGCAAAAGCAGGGACUACCUAGACGACGAGAUGCAACGCAAGCUUGAGCAACAGUACGCACAAGCCGUCUUUGCAUCUUGCUAUGCUGCCGAAGCCGACACGGAAGAGACUGUCAAGGGUGCUCAUAGCACCCUUGCUCGCCUCGCUGAGCUACUCGACUUCAUCCCGCCUCCGGACCUUGCAACUUCGGUUGACUCGCUACCGAAGAUUGAAAGGCAUACAACUAGCCUAGACGCUUCGCAAACUGUUGCGGAUCUUGCGCCGGACAGACUUCUCUCACCCGAGCAUCCAUUGACCACGCCACGAUUGGAGACGUACAUGCUGCUGCAGAUGAUGGUCUACUCAGCCUACCAACUUGCUGGGCUUGGUCACGCCAUGUCGCUAGUCAGCGUGGCAAAGCUCCAAUUCUACGGCAAUGCUGAGGAACAACUCGUGGUCUUGCGCAAGAUUCUGCAUGGCCUCAGUAGGUCCGGCGCUCGCAAAGACGAGACGCAAUGGGCGUCGGAUCGAGCGAAGCUGAUGUGGCUGUGGAACUGGGGUAUCGAGCAGAAUGACGAAGGCAAUGCCACAUCCGGUGCAGGUGUGCUCGGCAAGAUCCAAAGGAAGUUGUUCGAGGAGGAGAUGCUAGGAUGCUUUAUCGAGACGAGCUGCUAUCAGAUGGCGACUAGACUCUAUCUCACGAAUGAGAGCAACAAGGCCGGACAGUUGCUGCCAAAUGAUACCGUCGAGUGCGUUGUCUUUGCGCAAGCGAUGAAAGCAUAUGACGGCGCGAGCAACGGCAACAAAACCAGAGGUGGUAUGAAGAAAGCGAACGACAUCAUCACUGCAUUCAAGCCACACUUCCCAGACAGCGUGCCUUUUCGCCAAGCGGGCGCGCUCAUCACUGCAACGCACUCACUGUCGUUUUACUCACUCACGUUGCAACACGGCGUGCCAUUUCAACCUGUCAGCAUACGCGUCAGUGCAGAUCCAGUCGCGUUGCUCGACAAGAUACUCGAACAGAAUCCGAGGAGCUAUACCAAACUUGACGAUCUGACAAGCAUUGCACGCAAUCUUGUUUCCGCUGGUCUACCUCGCAAGGAUGAGACGUCACGAGUUGAUGCAGAUGAGACGCUGAGGGGAGUCGCCACUGGGAAUGGCGAUCUAAUACUGGAAAAGCACCGCAAAGAGGCAGAACGAAGGGUUACGUUCAUGGCUGUGCAAGCCGCACUUCGGGAAGAUGACUUUGAGACAGCGUACUCGUACAUUGUGAACCGCUUGACUCCCUCUAGUACAGAAAUCUCGGCGAUGUCAAGUCGGGAGCGCGAAACAUCCUCGCACAAACGCAACAAACGCGACACGGAAGACGACAUGUCGUGGCGCGCCGCCUUUUUGGCAGGACGCUACCGACCGUCAACCGCCUCACCACCCACGCUCCGGCGCCUCGAACAACGCAUGGAGCUGCUUUCUCUGGCUCUGCUUCUAGCACCUACUUCAGCACUGACAGAUAUCCUAGCAGCUUGGCGCCGCUGCGAAGAAGAGACGACAAGUCUGCAGCUUUCACAACAGCAAGCUAUGGAAGACUUCGACAACAGAGCCGACAAACGCCUUAGUGGCGGACCCAGUACGGUUCCUGGCAACUUCACCAUCACAGGCGAGCAGCCCGAACUCCUGCUCAACCAAAAGCGACGAGAAAUGGGUCGCAUGACCGGUCAAGCUAACAGCGAAGGUGAUGCUCCGAUGAGUAUGUUCGAUCUUACACGGAGCGCAGCACGAGCGUUUAGCAAGAAUGCUUUCCCGUUACGCUCCGUAGCUUCGGCAUCCUCGCGCUCUUCCGCAGAGCAACAAAGAGGGCUGGAAGACUCUACGGGCAGUUUAGGUGGUGAGGGCGGCCUCUCAGCUCAAACGCAAAGGGUCAGAAAACGAGACAUUGUUGCUAACGCCGUCACGGGUGGCCUGACUAGCGGGUUGGGCUGGGUGCUUGGAGUCAAUGAAUCUCACAAACAGUGA